AAUAGGAGAGAGAAAGUAUUUGCAGCGAUCGAGGGUUCAAUCUAAAUUCGACUCACACACAAGAGCGCCAGAAAAUUAUUUCAGAGAAGAAGAAUAAGUUAAAACCCUAGAAUCAGCUUAAAGAAGAAGAAGAGGAAUUGGUUCUUUGAUUUCGAAAUUCUUAAUUACUUGAACCAAGUUGUUGAGAAGAAGAAGCUUGAAAUAAAAGGUUAGAGCUUUUGAUUCAAAUUUCUCCUGUUAUUUUUUUUCUUUCUUUCUGGGAGCUCUAAAUUGAAUAAAGGUUGUAGCUUUAGAAUCUGGGAGAAAUUUUGGAAACUUGUUUCCAACUGGGAAGUUUUAUAACUUUAUAUUUUUGAAGUAGAGAAUUUGAACUUAUAUCUCUGCACGAUCUGUAUUGUAUCAAAGUUGGUUUUGUGAUUGGUACUUAAAGGAAUCGGUUUUCGUUAAGUAAGACAAUGAGGUUUUCUCAAGUUACUCGGUGGAAGUAUUGGCGCUAAUUUUUUUUUAGGGUUUGGAUCGAAAUUUGAAGUGCUGGGAGUGUUUGUAUUGUAAGAUCUCAGCUUAAUUACACUAAGAAUUGUGGGUCUUGGAUUGUGAAUUUAGGGGUUUUUGGAUUGAAGAUGAUAAUUGUGUCCACUGCAUUGUCUAGCUUGAUAUUGGAGGAGAAAUUAGGGCAAUGUUUAGGUUUAUGUAGUUAUCGUGGUUGGAAACGUGGUAAACCCUAAUUGUAAGAGUGAUUUUCUGGUAAAUUUCGGGUGUUUUCAGGGUUUGAAAAGAUUAGUUUUUUGUUGUUGUUUGUUUGUUUAGUAAAUUCUGUGGAUGAAUUUAAGUAAUUUGGUGGAUUUUUAGUAAAGCAUUUUCUCAAGAAAUGCAACCUUCGCAACAACAGCAGCAACCACCACCGCGGAUUAAUAUUAGCGACUUGAAAGCUCAGUUAGUGAAGAAGCUUGGACCAGAACGGUCCAAGCGGUAUUUUUACUAUUUGAAUAGAUUAUUGAGCCAGAAGUUGACUAAAGCUGAGUUUGAUAAGUUAUGCUUUUUGACCCUUGGAAGGGAAAAUCUCCCGUUACAUAAUCAAUUGAUACGUUCAAUAUUGAGAAAUGCUUGUCAAGCGAAAGUUCCACCACCUCCAGUUCGAGAGAAGGAAGCUCCAACAACUAAGUCGAUAGUAAAGAAAUCAUCAUCUUCACUUGAAAACGGGUAUCAACAAAAUGGACCUGCUGCUCCAUCUCUCUCUCAGGGUCCUCCACUCUUUUGGUCCAAUGGAGAUGUUUUGCCGACCUCUCCUCGCAAAAGCAGGACUUUAGUUCGUGAAAGGAGGCCUAGAGAUCGGGCUGCAGAUCGCCCUAGCCCUCUAGGACCAAAUGGGAAAACAGUAGAUGGAAUCGUGAAGGUUAUUACAGAAAAUGGGGAUUUGAGUUCUCAUGAUUUGCAGAGGUCAAUCCAUCAAAAUCAUCAAGGAAAUGCUGAGCACCCCGAUAUUGAUCAAGAUGCAUCGCCUAGUAGAUCCACAAAAAGACCUAGAACAAAGAAGUUGCCCGAGGAUGAUCUGGUUUCUGUACAUAUCAAAGGUUCUUCUGAUGCAGUCCUUGUUGAAGACAGGGACAGCCUGGAGCAAACUGGAAAUUCUAACUCAAGCACAAGAAGUACAUUGUCUGCUCCUCUAGGAAUACCAUAUUGCUCAGCAAGCAUUGGUGGGGCCCGCAGGACCUUGCCUGCAGCAAGCAGUAGUUAUUAUACUAGCACUUGCGAGAGUGGUGGAUUACCUGGUACAGACACACUGAGAAAACGUAUGGAGCAGAUCGCAGGAGCACAUGGACUUGAAGGGAUAUCAACCGAUUGUGCAAAUUUGUUGAAUAAUGGGUUGGAUACAUAUUUGAAACGAUUAAUUAGGUCUUGUGUUGAGCUAGUGGGAGCAAGAUCUGGACAUGAACCCACAAAGGUUCCUGUUUACAAGCAACAGCCGCACGGGAAGCUUAUCAAUGGCACUUGGGUCGGGCAGCAACUACAGAUGCAAAGUGGCGUUAUGCCCAUGGAAGGGAUGCAAGAAUUCAGAUCCCAUAGUCCGAUAUCUCUACUUGAUUUCAAGGUAGCAAUGGAACUAAACCCACAACAGCUUGGGGAAGACUGGCCAUCUCUGUUGGAAAAAAUAUGUUUGCAGUCAUACGAAGAAUAAAAGCAUCUGAAGCGAAACUUUCGGUACUCUCAAGAGUCUUGUUGGCGUGUGGGGCCGCACUGGUUCAAAGGGCUUGAAAUUGUGGAUGGGCACAGACCAUGUAAUGACUUCUACAGCCACUGUAAACCACUUUAUCUCCCUCAGCAUAGAUCUUCAUCCUUUCCAAUAUGAAACGAGGGAUCUGAGCAGGAAAUCGCGGGAUUCUCCUGGCUUUGGGCCCAUGCAAAGAAUACAGUUAACAGCAACCAUUUAAUGGGGAAUUUGAAAAAUUACCCCAUGCUUUGGUCGCACUGUUGUAUGUUUAGCAUUUGUGUUGGUUCUCUCUCCCACCAUCACCGCAUAUCUUGAGCUUUUCUGUAAUUUACAGAGCUAAUGAGGAAAAUUAGAACAGUUUUGCAGGAAUACAAUGUGUAGCUUAAAGGUAAGAAAAUUUCAUGUAAGGAGCACAGAGUGGCGGUGUAUGUACUAUGAAAUAUGAAAUUUUAUUGAAGUCUUAAUAUUAACUGCAGCGUAUCAUUUCAUGCUGUUCGUUUACAUA